AUGUCGGUCUUGAAGGAAAUUGCAGAGGCGGGUGGCGAUCAGUUGGCGGAUUUGAAGUUGGUCAAGUAUGGCAUUGUCGUGGCGGCUACGUGGACUUGGGCAGAGAUAUGCGUGAAGAUGGAGGAAGAGAUCACCUACGUUUGGCCUUCCCGCAUAAGUUUCAUGAAGGUCCUUUACUUUCAUAAUCGUUACUCGCCUGUAGUGGACACGGCAUUCGCGCUCGCGAGUUCUCUGAGCAACGUUGGCAAUCACAGGCUGUGCACAGCCGAGUUUCAAGUCAUGUCAUUCUCUUACUCCAGCGGGUCGUUUGCCUCGGAAUUCAUCCUGAUAGCACGGACUCUCGCUCUCUACAACUUCCAUCCCGUCAUGAUUGCUCUCGCAUGCGCUCUUGUUCUCAUCAUGGUCGUCCCAACUACUGUAACAUCCAUUCGAUUACUCUUCCCUCUCGCAUAUCCUGGUGACGACAUCAUCGAAAUUACCGGAUGCGUACCGAGCGUGGACGAUAUCAACUCGGCUUGGGUGUUCUUCACCUGCCUCUUGAUCUCCGAAACCAUCAUUGUCUCGUUGACGUUCUUUCGGCAGUGGCAGACCGCCGAGGAGAGAGAGGGUCUGCUCCACCGGCUGUUGCGCUGGGGCAGACGGAACAUGCAAACAGACCCUACUCUGUCUGUGCCACGGUCACACUGCCGGUCCCCGCUCGUCGAGACCACGUAUCAGAACAGCUCUAUAUACUAUGUCGUGAUGCUCAUCCUCUCCACCAUUAAUCUGGCGAUGACGGCCACGAAUAACCCCGCCCUCCGCCCUGUCCUGCAGAUGCCGCUCCGCACGGUGCACGCCUCGCUGUGCACGCGCGUCCUCCUCAACCUUCGCCGGGUCGCCGCCCAAGGCGCCUCGCGCACUAUGCCAGACUUUACAAUCGCGACCCUCAGCGGCAUCGCGGUCCGCGAUCCAAACGCUGAGGGGCGCACACGUCUUGAGGGACUCGAGGAGCAUCCGUACGGCAGGGAGUGGGGUGGGGGCGAGAACACCGUCCACGUCGAGCUUGAGCUCGAGGCUCUCUCGAGCCGGCGUGGACGCUCGAGUCUGUCGCAGGAGAUGUAG